AUGUUUCUGAAAUGUUUUGGUGAGUCAAGUUCAUCCGGAAGACAAUAUCCAACAGUAAUAGAAGAGUUGUGUCAUCAUUUUUCUCUUGCUGAUAUUCAGAAAUCAACCAACAAUUUUGAUCAUAAAAGACUAAUUGCACGAGGAUGGGCUAAAGCAUACAAAGGUUGUCUCCAGCAUAUUGAUGGUUCUGAUUACGCAGUCACAGUGAGGCGAUUUAACGUGGAAGACAGUGAAAUAUUCAAAAGAGAAGUAGAGUUACUGUGUCAGCUUCAUCACCCAAAUUGUGUGUCUAUUGUAGGAUUUUGCAACCACAAAAAAGAGAAGAUCAUUGUGCAAGAAUACAAUAGGUCUCUACUUUACUACCUCCUAGAUGAUGUUAGGGAAGCACUGCCAUGGAAGAAAAGGAUAGAGAUUUGCAUAGGAGCAGCACGUGGACUACACUACCUUCAUGCCGGACUCAAGCGCACCAUCAUUCACCGCAACAUCAAUUCUGCCAGCAUUCUUUUGGAUGACAACAUGCACCCAAAACUCUCAAGUUUCGGCCAUAGCAUAAUGGGAGCACAUUUCAAAGAAAAGUCAAAACCAAUACGAACGGAUCCUGUAGAAGUUGUAACGGGAAUAAGAUUUUUUCCAAUACCAAAAGAACUUAAGGGGAAGUGUGUUGAGGAGAAUAUUGAUCCGAAAAUCAAAGGAAAGAUUGCACCAGAGUGUUGGCAAAUGUUUAUAGACAUAGCCUUGAGAUGCAUAAAAGAUGACCCUGACGAACGACCAGAAAUGGGAGAAGUGGAGGUGCAACUUGAGCUUGCUCUAUUGUUGCAGGAACAAGCAGAUGUCACAAAUAUCGAUAAUGAUUAUACCUUAUUCUCCAAAACUAUUAUUAUCCCAAAAUCAGAGGGGAACUUUCAGUAUGUCAUUGGCCUAAGAGAACAGGAAACCGUAUGCAGUGACAAGGAGGGAAAAUUUGUUAUGCAGAAAAGCCAAGUGGCAAGUGAUCUGCAAGCUGAGGCCAUUAGGAGGAAAAGGCAACGAAGAGAGAAUAUUUUAUGGAAGGACUUGGUGCAGUGACGGACGUGUGUGGUUCUGCAUUACCAUGGAUAUGAAGAACGUUUAUUUUUAGAAGUUGUUGUUUGUCUCUUUGAAUUUUGGUUAUUAGAAUUUUUCAAUUGUUCAUUCUGAGUAUACCCUUUUCAAUUGUAGAAUAUUCUCUAGCUUUUUCAUAUAGCUUUGUUCUAUAAAAGUAUUGUU